AUGCUUUUAACUGAGAAUAUUCUUGAACACAUUGGAGAUGGAUCUCGUGAGGAUAUUCUUAAAUCAAAAGAAGAGUUUAAAAGAGAAGAGGAAGAGAUUCUUAUUGAAGUUGCAAAUGAGUUAGCUGAUAAAGGAAGAACAGACGAUCUUCGUCUUAUGAUAAAAAAAGUUCGUCCAUUUCUCGUGUCUCUGGGAAAAGCUAAAGCAGCUAUGAUCGUUCGUAAACUUGUUGAUAUGUGUCUUAUGAUUGAAGGACAAGAUGGCGAUAUAAAGAUUGAUCUUUGUAAAGAAUGCAUUCAAUGGGCUAAUGAACAAAAUAGGACAUUUUUGAGACAGUCUCUUCAGGCAAGACUUGUAAAAUUAUACAAUGAUCUUGGAAAAUAUGAUGAAGCUUUAAAAUUAUCUAACACAUUAGUAAAAGAAUUAAAGAAGAUGGAUGACAAAGAUUUAAUUGUAGAGGUACAACUUGAAGAAGCUAAAGCUUGUUAUUCAUUGUCAAACUUUUCCAAAUCAAGAGCUGCUCUUACUUCAGCUAGAACAACAGCAAAUGCCAUUUAUAUCGUUCCAAGGAUGCAAGCAUCCCUUGAUAUGAUGUCUGGUAUUCUCCAUGCAGCAGACGAAAAAGAUUUUAAAACAGGAUUUUCUUAUUUCUAUGAGGCUUUCGAAGGCUUUGAUUCUAUUGAUGACAAAUCUGAAGCUUUAAAAGCAUUGAAAUAUAUGCUUCUUUGCAAGGUCAUGUUAGAUUCACCAGACGAUGUUAAAUCUUUAUUAUCACAAAAGUUGGCUCUUAAAUAUUCUGGAAGAGAUCUUGAUGCUAUGAGAGCAGUUGCAAAUGCAGCUAAAAAACGCUCCUUACGCGAUUUUAACGAUGCUUUCAUGAGUUACAAGGAUGAAUUACAAACAGACUUGGUCGUAAGAAAGCACUUUAAUGUUCUUUCUGAUGCAAUGCUCGAGAAAGAUUUGUGCCGAAUAAUUGAACCUUACGAUCGCUUGGAAAUUGAAUAUAUUGCUAGAAAAAUAAAUUUACCCACAGAUAUGGUAGAAAAAAAAUUGGCACAAAUGAUUUUGGACAACAAGAUUAGUGGUAGUCUAAAUCAAGCUUGCGGAAUUUUAACUAUCCAUGGAGAGGAAAAGGUAAACUCGUCAUACCAAACAGCUAUUGAGACGAUAAAUGCACUUGGAGAAGUCGUAGACGUCUUGUAUGAACGUGCCAAGAAAAUCCGUUAA